GUAGAACAAAAUCAAGGAAAAUUUUCUUAAUCAAAGUUAGAUUAGUUAUUUGACAAGGAAAAAGAAGAUGAAAAUCAAUCUCGGAUGUCCUAAAAAUAGCCAUAAUGCUCCAGGUUCAGAUUACAAUAUUCAAGACUAAAUCGAUAAAAUAUAACAAUAACGAAAAUAAAAUAUACUAUUUCAUAAUUCGAUCGAAUGGCAUGGCACUGGACCAAGUUGUUUCGUAAAAAAGUGUUACUUGAUGCCGCAUCUUGUGAUGCCGUGUGACCAUGGCAACGAGAAAGCUCGAAAAGCUCUAAAAAUCGGUAAUCUCUAAGUAAAGAUGGGUCGGCGUUAGAAAGAAGUGAGACGUAUCUUUUUAACGUAUCAAACCAAGGUACACAUAUAAUACAAUCAUAUUAUUAACGUGGUAGAAGGGGCACUGCAAGUUGUAGUAGCAGUCGUUAUUUAAAUGAAAAAUAAAACUAGCUAUCAACAUUACUAACGUGUGUUAGACUGGCUGAAGGAAUAACGGUUUAACUUGUCCACAGUUGUUAAGUAAUGCGAUUCUAGUGUUGGAAAUAUUAAUUAUUAGUACCACGUACCACCACCACCGGUGUAUGUUGGCGGACUUUGAUUAAAAAAAAAAAGAAUAGUUACUGAAAAGGACUAUACAAAAAUCGUGUCGAACCGAGUGAAAGGUAACGGGGUCUCGUAAAGAAUGGUGAGUUUCACGAAGAACCAAGAGCAUGAUCGGCGCCAACUGUUGGCCAGCAUGAAUGAGAUGACCUGUUAUAACAACUACCAUCAGAUAGAAAACGCGGCUUUUCAGCAUGUUCGUGACAAUAUAGAGAAGUUUGACACAAAAGAGGGCGUCAAGGAAACAGAUCUAAUUUUCUUGAAGGAAAUAAUGGACAACUGCGUCUUGAAAAAUUUAGUAAAGGUACAGGACAAACUUGAGGAAUUGUCCGAUCCUGUGUCUUUAGGAAACGAAAAUCUUACAGAAGAAAUUGUUUCUCGUUGUAACAAAUCCCUAGUAAAAGAAGCAAAAGAACUUGCAGACCUUCUAUCAAAGCCGCACGUGAAGGCCGUCAUAAGAACACACGAUACUAUUGGUGAAAAAAGACUAAAAUUUAACGAAAAAAUAAACAGCAGUUCGAAUAUAUGCAACAUUAUGACCGGCGAAGCUUUACGAGUAGUCGGGGUGAGGAAGAAACCUGGAGAACCCCUAGGUUUAACUGUAAGUGUAGAUGCGAGGUGACAAAGUCUUCAUUUACAAAUUUGUCGCUAAUUUGUUACCAUAUCCAAAAAUUUGUCACUCCAGUCAGCUGCUGGAAAAUAGACAAAAUGUUUUCCUGAUUGUCGCCAGUCUAAACCUUUAGCUAUUUAGGGAACUAUACAUGGCAUAAAGAAAUACUGUAUGGACCGUUGUUUGUCGCUGAAAGAUGGUCGUUUUAUCUAUUCUGUCGUUAGUCUUGUUCUCCAGCUGUUCAGCGAAAAAGGACUGGAGAACUCUCAAGUUGAAACUAAAAAUAGUGUAAUGGCAUAGAGAAAUACGGUAAGGGCUUUAAUUUGUCGCUGAAAGAUGGUACCUUUUACCCAUUUUGUCGCUAGUCUUAUCUUCCAGCUGUCCAGUAAAAAACGACUCGAGAGCCGCCAAACUGGCAUCAGACAUGGAGUAGGUAUCUCGGAAUAGAAAUGACGUAGAGAAAUACUGUAAGAGCUAUAAGUCGUUUUUCACUGGACGGCUGGAGGAUAAGACCAGCGACAAAAUGGGUAAAAGUACUGUCUCUCAGCGACAAAUUAAAGCCCUUCCUGUAUUUCUCUGCACCAUUUCCACUUCAAAAUAACUCAUGUAUAGUGCCAAAUUGACAGCUCUUCGAUCGAUUUUCACUGAACAGCUACAGAACAAGACUAACGACAAAACGGGUAAAAGAACUAUCUUUUAGCGACAAAUCACAGCCCUUACAGUAUUUCUCCACGCCAUUUCCAUUUCGAGAUACACUAAGUAUAGUUCCAGCUUGACAGUUCUUCAGUAGUUUUUUGCUAAACAGCUGGAUCAUGAGACCAGCGACAAAACGAGUAAAAGUACCAUCUUUCAGCGACAAAUUAUAGCCCUUAGAGUAUUUAUCUAGGUCAUUUCUAAUUCGAGAUAUGCUAUAUGUAGUGCUAGCUUUAUAGCUUUCCUCAGUCGUUUUUCGCUGGACAACUGGAGAAGCGACAAAAUGGGUAAAAAUACCAUCUUUCAGCGAC